AUGAUUAAUAAAUAUGGUGGAACUUACAGCAGUUUGGCUAAAGAGUGCAUUAAAGAGCUAAAUGCUGAAUGUGAAAAAUUUGAAGCCGAACAAGCCCAACUCAAUGUAGAAGCUACUACAUUCCCUCAACUCCGAUCAAAUGCUGAUUGCUGCAGCGUUAAAGAGCACAUGAAGGAUUGGUGUGAUGACUACUUAGGGAAAAGAAGUGUCGACUGCGAUAUAAAGGGCCCACUUGAUCCACCGACUACGGGCUAUGGGGGUUAUAUUCCGAAAGCAGUAGCUGCAAAUAUGGACUGUGGUCACACAUUUCAUGAUGGAGCCAAAAAAUGCCUAGCUAAUUUUCGCACGGAAAAUUUAAAUCACUUUGCAAGGCUUAAAAACCCCGUAGACCCAUCUUCAAUUAAUUCGAAAGAAAUCGGAAAGCAAGAAAAUGGUGUAAAUGACGACCCUUGCAACAAUCGGAUUUUCCGCAAAAGUGGAAUGAUACCUCACUACGCCGGCCACAUACACGGUCCACCAUUGGUAAAUGAUUGCGACUUGGUUAGCCAAUGGAUGAUUGUUGGUGAACCAACACUGAGUCAUAUUCAACAACUCUACCAAAUCUCCUUUACUUGCCCAGUUCUUGACUUUGCCUCGUUUUAUAUUGACCAAGUUAAAGAUAGUGAAAAUGCCAAUGUGCACAAUACCAUUGCUGGCACAUCUGUGGUUGUUCAGAGAAAGACUUUCCUCAGAGGUUUGCUAGCUUACCUCCUCAAUUCCGGCUGGAGGAGAAUUGCCUUGUUGUAUGAAUUUGGUGCUAAUCAAGAUGAUAUUCCUGAGAUGUUUGAUACUAUUUCAGUAACUCUCAACGUCUAUCGCACUGAUCAGGUUUUUGCAAUUGUUAAAACUCAGAGCAUUUGGCCUAGUAUGAACUUCACAGAGUUGCUAUAUCCUAUUCAGAAUAAAUUAGAUGCUGUACUUCUUUUUGCACAGCCUAUGCUUGCAGCAAAGUUUCUCCUUGCGAUUCGGAAUUUAUCGCAAAUACUGCAGGGGAGAAUAGCAAUCAUGUAUACAAAUCCUACUGAUAUGUAUACGUAUGAUUCUUUACACUCUUGGAAGUCCAUUCUCGCUAACAACAACCCACUACUGGCCUCUGGGCUUUCGCUGAUUAUCCAAACUGCUUUACCUAGGGGUACCACUUAUGACUCAGAAUCCUCACUUUAUAAUGAGGAUAUCAAUUUGUCUAUAGCCCAUGCAGCGGCAUUAGCAGUAAAACUUGCUCAUCUUAAUCAAAAUCCUAUAACAGGUGACAUUCAUCCAAAUUCGGGGCUUUUUGAACCGCUUCAAGAUCUGGAUGAACUAUAUGUUCCAACCCUACCCAACAUCACAUUUUUCUACAAAACCGGAGAGGGACAGGAUUUGCGAGGCAUAUACGAUCUCAUCUAUUUUACCGUCAAGCCAAAUGCCACACACAAAAAGCAUCUGGAUAUAUCGAAUGCUCGAUUUGCUGACGUUUUUGAGUUGAUUGCUAUUUUGAGAUAUCCUUUGAUAUUACCUCAGAAAAUGGGUGAUAUGCAAUGGCUCGGAGAUGGUGAAGGGCCAUUAAAAACUCACUGUCUAGUUGCUGACUGUGGGUUCGAAUCAAUACAGAUCGCUUUACAGAUAUUUGCCCUUGGAUGUUUAGUAGCAUUUAUCGCAUACUUAUGCUUUGAAUUCAUAUGUCGACCGUUGAAGAGUAAAUCACGAAAUAUUAAUUGUCAGAAGCUAGUGUACCUUGAAGAUGAUUUGGAGUUUAGAGCACUCGAGGAAGAGACUCUAUCAACGUGGCAUAAUAGCCCUAUGGAAAGUUCUAGAGUGUCGUUGCAGAUGUCACCACGAUUAAAAGUUCGCUCUUCGCUUAAUGCUCUUCCUUCUUAUUCUCCUGAGGCACCCUCCAUCGGAUCGAUGAGCUGGAGAUCAACAAUUGCAGCAAAUCAUGCUGAAAACAUUGCAUGGUUAAAUGGUGUUCCAAUGUAUGUAAAGUCAUUGAACAUAUCUUGUGCUUUAAUUCACUCUAAACUAUUCGAAUACCUCGCCGGACUACGAGAAAUGCGGCAUGAGAAUAUCAAUCCCUUUAUUGGCGCGAAACUCACUCUAGAGAAGGUAUGGACAGCGCCUGAACUCCUCCGUAACAAUGAGGCUGCUCUUUAUGGUACCAAACCUGGAGAUGUCUAUUCCUUUGCUAUUGUAAUGCAUGAAGUCUUCUACCAGUGCAAACCUUAUGGACCAGGUUCUUUUUUCCCGAAAGAAAUAAUCGAACGCGUUGCAAACGUAGAAACACCGCCUUUCCGACCAACAGUAAGAAAGCACAAUUUGGUUAUCCCAGAUGUCAUUAAACAGUAUGGCCAAUAG